UCGUGGAGAUCCGGUAAAACAACAGUCAUCUGCUGUUCCAGACAUGUUACGGCUAUAAAAAGCAACGCUUAUGUUGGUUAAAAAAAAGGCAAGGCCAACACUUUUGGCGAACGUGCUCAAAACGAAACUAGCGGCUGAGGCAAGGCCUCAGGCAAACAUGGCUCCCGUCGCUGGUCACCGGCAUCCACGGUCAUCGGAGGAGGCAGAAACUGCAGCAGCCGUCGCUGCCGGACAGGAUGGCGAGGAGGAGCCAUCAGUGGAGGUGGCGUUCGCGGGCCAGCCGCCACCGCCGUGGUGGCGGCAGGUCACGGUGCGGUCGGUGGCCGUGAGCACGGUGCUGGGCGCCGUGCUGAGCUUCAUGUCGAUGCGGAUCGGGCUGACGGCCGGCGUCGGCCCGACGUUCAACAUCGUGGCGAGCCUCCUCGGCUUCUUCGUGAUCAAGUCGUGGACGCGGCUGCUGGCCCGCUUCGGCGUCGCCUCGCAGCCCUUCACCAGGCAGGAGAACGUCGUCCUCCAGACCUGCAUCAUCUCCUGCUCCACCCUCUCCUUCUACGGUGGUUUCACGACCUACCUGCUCGCGAUGACCGAGACGGUGGCGAAGUCCGCCGGCGGGACGGGCACCGGCAAGGACGUGUACACGCUGCACACCGGGAACGUGGUGGCCUUCCUCGGCCUCGUCACCUUCGCCAGCCUGUUCUGCACCCUCCCACUGCGGAAGCUCAUGAUACUGGACUACAAACUGAUGUAUCCAUCUGGUUCAGCUAUCGCCGGAAUCGUCAACAGCUUCCACACGCCAGCGGGAGCCGCAACAGCAAAGAGGCAGGUGCUGGCCAUGUCCAAAGCCGUUGUUGGAAGCUUCAUGUGGGCAUCCUUCCAGUGGGUUUACACGGGAGGGAGCGGCUGCGGCUUCCAAGAUUUUCCCUUGUUCGGAUUGAAGGCAUACAAGCAGAAGUUUUACUUCGAUUUCUCCGCGAGUCUCGUCGGUGUGGGCAUGAUCUGCCCUGUCCUCAUCAACUUCUCCAUGCUUUUCGGAUCUAUCAUUACCUCCUUCCUGUGGCCAACCCUCCAGAGCAAGAAAGGGGACUGGUACAACGAUCCUUCGCCGACAAAUUUCAGGGGAAUCAAUGGAUACAAGGUGCCCAUGGGCAUAUCGAUGGUGCUCGGGGAUUGCCUGUUCCAACUGGGUUCAAUCACCAUAAGGGCUGCCAACCACUUCCACAUGAAUCGCCAGCAACGGAAUCCCGGCGGUACCAACAUACCAGCCGAUGGAAAUUCAGAUAAACAAACAGCUCUUAGCUACGAUGAGCGUCGCAGGAACAAGAUCUUUCUGAAUGAAGGACUGCCGGGCUAUGUCUCGGUUGCUGGCUACAUCCUCUUCGCAGCCGUCUCAGCAAUCUUUGUUCCACGUAUCUUCCCACAGAUGCGAUAUUACCAUGUGGCCUUAUUAUACGCUGUCGCUCCCAUCUUGGCAUUCUGCAAUUCAUAUGCUUCUGGACUGUGUGACUGGUCCCUGGCAUCCGUCUAUGCGAAGCUUGCUAUAUUCCUUGUUGGGGCAUGGGUUGGUGAAGCAUCUGGUGGCGCCAUUGCCGGUCUUGCUGCCUGUGGUGUCAUGUUGAUGAUCAUUGGCAAUGCUGCUGAGCUCAUGCAUGACUUCAAGACAGGAUACCUAACACUCACCUCGCCGCUGUCAAUGUUCAUAAGCCAAGUAAUUGGGACUGCACUUGGUUGCUUGAUCAACCCGCUUGUCUUCCUGUCCUUCGAAAAACUUGUUGGCAAAGAGCAUCUGGGAGAAGCUGGAUCGGUAUUCUCGGCGCCCUUGGCCACCGCAUACCGUGGGCUCGCAGUUUUAAGUGUUGAAGGAACCAAGAUACUCCCAAAGCACUCCAUUGAGUUCUGUAUAGCUUUCUUCCUUAUGGCCUUUUGCUUGGAUUGCCUGUCAGCAGUAGCCAAAGCAAGGAAGUGGAAGGCAAGUAACUACAUUCCAAACGCCAUGGCUAUGGCAAUUCCAUUCUUAAUCGCACCGAAUAUUGCAAUAGACAUGGCCUUGGGGAGUCUACUGUUAGUUAUCUGGAAGAAAACAGAUAAGAAAAACGCAAAUAUGCUUGCAGUUGUAGUAGCAUCAGGUUUGAUAUGUGGAGAUGGACUUUGGGCAUUGCCAUCAGCAUUACUUUCAAUUUUCCAAAUCGAGCCACCCAUCUGCAUGAAGUUCUUGUCUAGUCAUCAGAACAAGAUAAUGCGGGAGCACUUCCUACCCAAAGUGACUACCUCACGAUGAUACAGACAAGUACUGACAGAAAUUGCUUGUAAAUGAUUUCAGAUCAUAUUGUUAUAAAGUUAUUUAGUGCACAGCUACACAUGUGAAUUCCUUGAGUCGCAUACUUGCCUUUUUGCCUGUGUAA